CGUUUUCCGCGCGAAUCGCUUGAGUUUGAUUAGUAAGUUGAAGGCCGGGGAAAUCCCCACCAACACCACGAGUCAGAUGAAGCUUUGAAACAAGUUCAUGACGAGUGUGUGCUACAACAAUACAAUACCAGCCCACCAUACAAAAAUGGCAGACAAUCAAGCUACAAGGGAUGGUGAUGAGGAUGAAGACACAGAAAACACUUUGAAGCUGCUUGUAGCAACUGAUUGCCACAUUGGUUACAUGGACAAAGAUGCAGAGAGGUGCAAUGACUCCCUGGAAACGUUUGAGGAAAUUCUACAGCAUGCAAAGAAUAAUAAGGUGGACAUGAUAUUACUUGGAGGAGAUUUAUUUCAUGAAAAUAAACCAUCUCGCAAGUCAUUGCAUGGGCUUAUGGCUCUGAUUCGUCAGUACUGCAUGGGAGAUCAACCAAUCCAGAUAGAGUUUCUCAGUGACCAGUGCGUCAACUUCGCUGCUUCAAAGUUUCCACAUGUGAAUUAUGAAGACCAGAACUUGAACAUAUCUAUACCUAUCUUUUCCAUACAUGGUAACCAUGAUGACCCAGCUGGUUUAGGUAAUUUGUGUGUAUUAGAUAUUCUAAGUGUAGCUGGUCUGGUCAACUACUUUGGCAAAGCACCAUCACUGGAAUCUGUUGAAAUUUCACCAAUACUUUUACAGAAAGGAAGAACAAAGCUUGCUUUGUAUGGCCUAGGCAGCAUUCGUGAUGAGAGGUUACAUCGUAUGUUUCGCGACAAGAAGGUGUCCAUGCUCCGUCCGCGAGAGGACAAAGAUUUAUGGUUCAACGUACUUGUCUUCCAUCAGAACAGGUCAAAACAUGGGGAGACAAACUAUAUACCCGAGCAGUUUCUUGACAACUUCCUUGACCUGGUCAUCUGGGGUCAUGAACAUGAGUGCAAGAUUGAUCCAUGCUGGAAUCCAGAACGCAAGUUCUUCGUCAGUCAACCGGGAAGCUCAAUAGCGACAUCUCUAAGUGAAGGAGAAUCCAAAGAGAAACAUGUUUGCCUACUUGAGAUUCGAGAUAAAGCCAUGAAGUGUACAAAAAUUAAACUUGAAACUGUCCGUCAAUUUUACCUGGAAGAAAUAUGCCUUAGCCAGACAAGUCUUGAUCCUGCAGAUAAUGCAGACAAAUUAAAAGCCUAUUGCGAAGAAAGGGUUGAAGCACUAAUAGACAGAGCAGCUGAUGAGCACACUGGCCACCCUAAACAACCCAAGAAACCAUUAAUUCGACUUAAGAUUGAUUACAGUGGUGGUUAUGAAGUUAUUAACAUUACGAGAUUUGGGCAGAAAUAUGUUGAGCGAGUUGCCAACCCAAAGGACAUACUGGCAUUCCACAGAAGGAAAAUGCAACUUAACACGAUGGGUAAAGUUACUAAAGCAGAAUUAGAUAAGUUUCUAAAGCCAGAGGGUUUGGACACAUCAAGAGUCGAAGAUCUUGUUAAAAAAUACUUUCAAGAUGCAGAUGAGAAAAAUCAACUGUCUAUAUUGUCUGAGAAAGGAUUAGGCAAAGCUGUCCAGGAAUUUGUGGACAAAGAGGAGAAAGAAGCAAUACCGGAGCUGGUGGGCUAUCAAUUAGAGAAGACUCAAGGAUACCUCCGUAAACGUCAAACUAAUGAAGAGUCCAUAGAAGAUGAGAUACAACAUUUUAAGACAGAAAGACAAAAGAUGUCCAAAGAAGAAGUUUUAGAAGAAGUUAGUCAGGUCAUGAAGAAGGUGCAAAAUGAUAGAGCAGCCAGAGGUGAAGAGUUACAAGGAUUCAGUGAUGAAAACUCGGGUUCAGAAAGUGAAAAAGUCAGCAAACGAGGAAGAGGCAGGGGUAGGGGUGCAAGGGGUGGUCGAGCAUCACGGGGAGGACGAGGUGCACGUGCGUCAACAUCAACUCGUGGGUCGUCUAGGGGUCGUGGACAAAAAGGUGUUGUGUCAUCUGGCGGAUCAGUCCUUGAUGCAUUUAAUGCCUCAAAAACCAAGGUUCGAGCCGGAACUAUUCAAUUUGAGGACUCUGGUUCUGAAGAGGAAACAAGGUUAUCAGCAAGGAAAGGAAGAGCUAAUAAUAGAGAGGUGCCUAUAUUAAUCAGUGAUUCAGAGGAUGACGAUGAUCACUUUUCAAUGCAACGUACAACAAAGAAACGCAAGCGAUGAAAGCAAUUCUAAAAAUGCAUGUACAUACUGCCCUCCUACUAUGAUAAGCUGUUCUACAGUACGAUGAGAUUGCAACAUUUAACAUAUAAUUGAUGAUUAAUGAACCCUUGAUGUGAAUAUGCCAAAUGUAAUGCUUGUGUUGCCCUCGAGCUAUGGGAAGAUAUUCAUGAAACUAUAUGAUAUACUGCACAAUUCUGCAACUCGUGUUCAUAUAUUCAUGACCAAUAAAUCAUCCCUUGAAGUAUACAUGAAGUUUUUAGAUCAAGUCAUGACUAUGCUGCCCUCAAUCUAGCUUACUAUGCCAAUCUGUGCAUGAUGGCAUGUAUAGCAUUGGACUUGCUCCAAGUUUAAUUUUUUCCCAUAUUACAGCGCCACCAGCAAGCAGUGACCAGAAAUAACAAGGCUUAGCUAGUUGGUGGCAUUGUUUGGGCUGUUUGGGCUGAAGUACAAGAAAUAACAGCGUGGAGCCUAGGCUAGUACAAUGUAAAUAAUAGUAGGCAACUACUAUUCUAGGAAAGAUGAAAAUUAGUAUUUCUGUAUAGGAACAAGCUCUGUACUAACUGUGACUUUUGUAAUGGAGAAUGGAUUACAGUACUAGCAAGAGGUUAGUUCCUAGAUUUGGAAAUUGUGCCGAUUUCUGGGAGACUUGUGGAGAAAAUGCUUUAUCAUAUUUUAUAGAGUACUACAGUGUUACGUCAUGAUACCACUUGAUAUUACUCCGUUGCUAUUGGUGACACAAUGCGUUCAACCGGAUGCUAUUUUCUUCACUGACAAACCAUUGAUCCCAAUAAUUAUUAAGAUGUUGUAUAUUUGUAAAAUAUAAUGCGAGCUUUUUUGUUUUUAGUACAUCUGUAUGAGGUUGAAAAAUUCUACUAAUUAUUACAAUGCUUACAACAUGGUAGUGUUUAUAUACGGUAUAUAAAUAAACAUUCUAGAAAAUCGA